AUGAUAUUGUCUCCAGGCGCUCGCGAAGCUGUGUUCUCCUAUGAAACGAGAGCCGGUUUGUGCUCUUCUCCAUUUCGCGCCGAUGAUUUAUCCGAUAUAUCCUUCGCUGCAGAAGCCACCGACGAUAUGUCGAUGAAUACAACGCAAAAUGAUGAUAAUGAUGACGGAUAUGAACAUCGAAACGAUCCUGAAAGUGUUUUAAAAGUAAUUGAAGUGGAAAAAACUGGAAAUGGGUUUGGUUUCAAUAUUGUCGGUGGAACCGAUGAUACACAUUAUAAGGAUGCCAUGGGCUUCUAUGUUUCGUCUGUCAACCCAAAUUCAAAGUCAUAUGGCUUGAUUGAAAAAGGAGACAAAAUUUUGAGCCUCGACAGUGUUGAUAUGACGAAUAAGACACACAAUGAAGCCGUUGAUAUUUUCCGAAGUGUUCCUGUCGGAAGUGUCGUCAAAAUGCUUAUCGAUAGAAAUCCAGACGCUCUAUUUUUGUUUCAAAAUGACAGAACACAAACUCCAACACCGUCAUCAACAAGUUACCAAGAGUACAUGAAUAGAAGACGAAGCGAUAGUCGAGCUGGCAGUGUUUCGAUACCUUCUUCUGAGACAAGAGGCCGUCUCACACCACACGGUCUUGCCGCGAUUGCAGAUCGUCUCCGUGGUAAAUACUCGUACGAUGAUGAAGACAUUCAAAGUGUGACCUCGUAUGCGCCAUCGACACAUUCUGUUAUUGAUGAUGUACCAAGAACACCGCGGAAAUCGUUAAGCAUUUUGGAUCCAAGAAACAAUUCAAUGUUCACCGAAAUUUUGUAUGUUUCUGUUGGUUUGGGUGCUCUCGCAGUUACUGGUUUCGCGAUUUAUCGUUUUUUGCGUCAGAAGAACUAA